AUGGAUGGAGAAGAUGUUUUCAUGGCUUCUGUUGAAGAAACUCCAAGCACAUCUCGUGCUGACGACUCUCAAGGAUCUCUAGCAUCACGUCCAUCGACGGAGCAGAAUCGCUCCGAGGACGAGUUCGCAACUGACCAACCGUCUACUUCCGAUUUCAAAUUCAGCUCAGCAUCUCACCAUUACAGCGAUGCAUACUUACAGGAAAUCCUGCUUUCGUCACCUGCCCAUCUGUUUUCCUGUGGACUUCUUCCGGCUGAACAGCUCUCUGCCACAUGGGAACAGUGGCUGUGCUAUUUGGCUUCGUCACUUACUCCUAGUCAGUGGCAGGGUUACUGGGCAGCGCAUGCUGCGGUUUUUGGUUUGGGAGCGUUGCCGGUUCAUUUGUGUUCGUUUUUCAACCCUACCGAAGUGCGAACGGACGAGGACCAUCGACGUCAUUUUGAUUAUGGUUAG